GGUUAACGUCAAGAGAUGUCAACUCCCCCUCUCGCUGGGGCAGGCAUGCCGCCUGGUGCUUUCUCAGGGACACAGGCUCAAGCAGCUAGGGAGGUAAAUACAGCUUCUCUCUGUCGAAUUGGCCAAGAAACUGUGCAGGACAUUGUAUUUCGAACCAUGGAAAUCUUCCAGUUACUGAGGAACAUGCAGUUACCGAAUGGUGUUACUUACCAUACUGGAACAUAUCAAGACAGACUGGGAAAGCUGCAGGAACAUCUCCGUCAGCUAUCGAUACUCUUCAGAAAACUGAGACUAGUUUAUGACAAAUGCAAUGAAAACUGUGCUGGGCUCGAUCCUGUUCCCAUAGAACAACUUAUUCCAUAUGUUGAAGAAGAUGGCUCCAAGCACGAUGAUCGUGGUGCUGCAAGCCAGCUUCGUUUUGCUAGUGAAGAGAGAAGGGAAAUCAUGGAAGUAAAUAAGAAACUGAAACAGAAGAAUCAGCAGCUGAAGCAGAUCAUGGAUCAGUUACGGAAUCUUAUUUGGGACAUAAAUGCCAUGUUGGCAAUGCGGAACUGAACAAGGAAAAUCAAACUUUGUAAUUGGAAAAGAUACAAAUUUGUUUGGAUAUACUUAAUUUCUUUCUAAGAAGUAACAUGUUUUCCCACAGCCAUAUUGCAGUAAUGUUUGAAAAGUCUUCAAGAUUAAAACGUUGGGGUUUUGUAAUAACUUAAAUGGUGUUGGCUUUGUUUUUAUAAAAGAUUCAUCCUACAGGUUUUACCUGAGUGAUUCAUUUAGGCUGAAUAUAAUACAGCCUAAGUAAUUUACAGUAAUAAUUUGGAUUGCUAUGCAAAUGAGGGUUUUUAUAAAUGAAGUGUUUCUGGAUUUUUUUUAAAUAAUACAGUUAACACUGUUUUAAAAGCAUGUGUUUGCAUGCCAUUCUGCAAGGCAAACCACCUCUACAGACAGGAAAAGCUGCAAUACAGAAAAGUCACUCUAGUAAGCUACAGGACCAAAAUGUGUGAUCAGAUAUUAUGAUGCAAUAUGUUUCUCCAUUGUGAGAACAUAUACUAAAGGCUACUAUGCCAGAUAAGUUCAUCUUAUUCCAUAUCGUAUCACUGAAUAUAUGUUAUAGUGGAUCAGUUGGAGCAAAAUUCAAAAGCUACAUAAAAUUACCCCUAUAUCCUUAUGGAUAUAAUUAGGUCUUUUUAAGUGAAGACUAUAUACAUAUAUAGUCAACACUAACUUCUUUUGUAACUAUGUGUUAUAACUUCUUGAAUACUGCUCCAGCUAUUGUAUGGUGUAGUAUUCCUGUAGCAUUAUGUAUGGUUGGAAUACUUUGAUUUUGUUUACCAGAAUGCACUGAAUAAACGCUUCAUUGAUCUUUUCCC